AUGAGACCCUGCUGGGGACCAUGCAGAGCUACAUGGAUGCCUCCCUCAUCUCACUCAUUGAGGACUUUGGGAGCCUUGGAGAGCAUUCCUGACUCGGAGCUGCUUGUGUCUCCUCGAGAGGGCUCCUCUCUGCACAAGCUGCUCACUCUUUCUCGAACAUCCCCAGAAUGUGACUUCAUUACCCCAGUUGACCCCUUGGGGCCCAGCACAGGCAGUAAUAGAGUGAGUGGGGUCGAGAUGUCUCUUGCUGAUCCCCCUUGGGAUUUCUCCUCACCUUCCUUCCUAGAGACCUCUUCUCCCAGGGUGCCUAGCUGGAGGUCCUCAAGGUCGAGACCACGCUGGGGUUCGUGCCCUCCUUCCCAGCAGCGCAGUGAUGGUGAAGAAGAGGAAGAGGUGGCCAGCUUUAGUGGCCAGAAGCUUGCUGGGGAGCCUGAUAAUUCCAGGAGCACCAUCCCAGAUUUCCCCAUGCACCUGGCCUGCCCAGAGGAGGAAGACAAGGCAACAGCAGCAGAAGUGGCUGUGCCAUCCGCUGGAGACGAGAGCAUCUCCUCUUUGAGUGAGCUGGUGCGGGCCAUGCACCCCUACUGCCUGCCCAAUCUCACCCACCUGGCAUCACUUGAGGAUGAGCUUCAGGAAGAGCCAGAGGAACUGACGCUGCCUGAGGGUUGUGUGGUGCUGGAGAUUGUAGGCCAGGCAGCCACAGCUGCUGAUGGCCUGCAGAUACCAGUUGUGGUACGGCAGAUCCCCGCUGGACCUGGGUCUGUUUUCCUAGAUGACCCGUUGCAGCUGCUUAUGCCCACGCUAGAGUCAGAGAUGGAGUCUGCUGUGCCCAGGGCAGCUCCUUGCCCUCAGAAAGAGGAGUUGUUGCUGGAUUCCACUUGUGUGUUGGAGCCCAGAGAGGUCACGGAGCCAGUGGCACCCAGUGGGCCUCAGAACCCACCUCACAGUGUAGUGCUGGGUUCCCAGAAAACUCGGAAAGGCGGGAAGAAGAAAAGCAAGGAGCAGACAACACCCGGUGUGGAGGGCUACGCCAGGAGGCUGAGAUCAUCCUCCCGUGGGCAAUCCACUGUGGCCGCAGAAGUGGUCUCUCAGACCAGCAGUUUACAGAAGCAGCCUCAGGAAGAACUUCCAAGAGAGGCUGGGCCUCCCCAGGGAAGGGGGAAGCCACGGGCUUGGGCUCGGGCUUGGGCAGCUGCCUUGGAGAAGCCGAGUUCUGGGGACUUAGAGAGAAGUGCCGGACAAGGUAGUCUGGCUAAAGAAGAUCCUCUGGACCUCUACUCUAAGCUGGUUGACACAAUUCAGGCCAACCCUGUUCCGACCCGUGUCCUGGUGGUUAACUCUGCUCGAAAUGCCCCCGUGCCAAUUGACUCUCUAGAAGCCAAUCUUGCUGCCGUGGACCCUGCUGUAGCUGACCCUGUACCUGCUGACCCUCUCCCAGUUGACCCAGUCCUUGCUGACUUGGCAGUGGCUGGUCCCACAGUGGUUGUUCCUGUCUCAGACAACUUGUCUCCAGUUGAUACUGUCCUAGCUGACCGAGCGCCGGUUGAUUCUGUUCCGAGUGAAAUGGCUCCAGCUGACCCUGCACUAGUUAAGUCCCGCCCAACUGACCCCAGACGUGGUGCAGUGUCAUCAGCCCAAGGGAGUCCUGCUUUGCAGCACCCCCUGGACUCAGAGCCCUCUGACCUCUCGAAGGCUGUCAUCCCUGAAGUCAAGGAGGUUGUAGGUCCUCUGAAGGUGGAAUGUGGUACCAGUUCUGCCACCCAGGAAACCAAACCUCGGCCUCUUAGCCUGUCUGAAUACCGGCAACGGAGGCAGCAGCGGCAGGCAGAGGCAGAAGAGAGGAGUUCCCAGCCCCCAGUGGGGAAGUGGCCUAGCCUCCCAGAGACCCCCACAGGGCUGGCGGACAUCCCUUGUCUUGUUCCACCAGCACCAGCCAAGAAGACAGCCUUGCAAAGUAGCCUGGAAGCUCCUCCUGAGGCCUGCUUUGUGCCUGUGGGUCCCAGCCCUGCUUCUCCAAGUCCUGAACCUGCAAGCAAACCUGUGGUUUCAACUCCCCCUGAAAAAGUGCCAUCCAAAGAGGUGCCACUGCCAGCAAGACCUUCCCUUCCUGUUGUGCAGUCCGUGUCUCCUGUUGGGCCCAUUCCUCCCACUGUGCCCACUCCUUUGCCUUUUCCACCAAGUGGCCUGGGCAUUUCCCCUGUGCUGCCCCUUCCUACAAGUGGACAAGUGGUCCCCAGUCUACCCCCACCUUCCUUGCAGCCUCCUGGUCUUCCAGUGUCCAUGGGGCCAGUGCCGCCUGAUCCGUAUACUCACUAUGCCCAUGUGCCACCCUGGUCUUGUUAUCCCCCUGUGUCCCCUUCUGGCUACCCUUGCCCGCCUCUCCCACCAGUGGUGCCCCUAGUGUCUGGAACUCCUAAUACCUAUGCUAUGCCCCCCACUUGUAAUGUGCCUUGGGUUCCCCCUCCCACCCCAGUCUCACCUUACAGCUCCAGCUGUACCUAUGGGCCCAUGGGAUGGGCCCCAGGGCCACAACACCCUCCAUUCUGGCCAGCUGUUCCCCCACCUCCUUUGCUUCCAGCCUCUGUUGGGAGAGAUGUUCCCCCACCCACAGUGGAGCCCAGUGUCAUUCCAAUUGGUGCUCCUGAAAAUGUACUUCCUGUGCCUAUGACUUCUUCCCUCAGUCUUGGGGCAGCUGACCACGAAGCUCCACAAAUAGAGGCCACCAAAGUUGAAGUCAAGGCAGUGCUUGCAUCUCCCCAUGUGAAACAUAAGGUGUCUUCCUUGGUGCAAACCCCCCGGACCAAGGCCCUUCCAGUUCUGUCUACUGAGGGUGUGGCUGUGGAGGAACCUGCGUCAGAGGGUUUAAAGCCUGAGGUGCAGGAGAGCAAGCCCAAGGAGAAGCCCCUCUGUCCUGCUGUCAGGGCUGUUUCCAUACCCAGGCAAAACACUGUCCCCAAGCUGCCUACUGUCCACCCAGCCCGCCUAAGGAAGCUGUCCUUUCUGCCCACCCCACGUACGCAGGGUCCUGAGGAUGUUGUACAAGCUUUUAUCAGUGAGAUUGGAAUUGAGGCAUCAGACUUAUCCAGUCUGCUGGAGCAGUUUGAGAAAUCAGAAGCUAAAAAGGAAUGUCCUCCCCUGGCUCCUGCUGAUAGUUUGGCUGUAGGAAACUCCAGCAGCGUUGACACUCCCCAGGAGAAGAGACCCCUAGACCGGUUACAAGCCCCAGAGCUGGCCAACGUGGCAGGCCUCACCCCUCCAGCCACCCCUCCCCACCAGUUAUGGAAGCCCCUGGCUGCUGUGUCACUGCUGGCCAAAGCCAAAUCUCCUAAGUCCACCGCCCAGGAGGGAACCCUGAAGCCUGAAGGAGUUACAGAGGCCAAACAUCCAGCUGCAGCCUACCUCCAAGAAGGGGUCUGUGGUCCUAGUCCAGUCCACGUGGGCUCUGGGGACCAUGACUAUUGUGUUCGGAGCAGGACACCCCCCAAAAAGAUGCCUGGCCUAGUCAUUCCAGAGGUGGGCUCCCGAUGGAACGUCAAACGCCAUCAGGAUAUCACCAUCAAACCUGUCUUGUCCCUGAGCCCAGCUGCUCCCCUACUCCCAAGCCCAGCUGCCUCCCAGGAGCCCCUUGAUCACAGGACUAGCAGUGAGCAGGCACCUCCCCCAGCACCUUGCCUUGCCCCAUCUGCCUUGCUGUCUCCUGAGGCCUCGCCCUGCCGGAAUGACACGAACACUAGGACUCCCCCUGAACCCCCAGCCAAGCAGCGAUCCAUGCGCUGUUACCGGAAAGCCUGCAGGUCAGCCAGCCCCCCAAGCAGGGGCUGGCAGGGCCAUCGUGGCCGCAGCAGCCGGUCUGUCAGCUCUGGGUCCACCCGGACCAGUGAAGCAUCUUCCUCAUCCUCAUCGUCGUCUUCCUCAUCCCGGUCCCGGUCCAGGUCCAGGUCCCUCUCCCCCCCCCACAAGAGGUGGCGAAGGUCCAGCUGUAGUUCCUCUGGACGUUCCCGGAGAUGCUCCUCAUCCUCAUCGUCCUCCACCUCGUCUUCCUCGUCGUCGUCUUCCAGUUCCCGAAGCCGUUCUCGCUCCCCAUCCCCUCGCCGGAGAAGUGACAGGAGGCGGCGCUCGUACCGUGCACACGACCACUACCAAAGGCAGAGAGUGCUGCAGAAGGAGCGUGCAAUAGAGGAGAGAAGGGUGGUCUUUAUUGGGAAGAUACCUGGCCGUAUGACUCGGUCGGAGCUGAAGCAGAGGUUCUCUGUUUUUGGAGAGAUUGAGGAAUGCACCAUCCAUUUCCGUGUCCAAGGUGACAACUAUGGCUUCGUCACUUACCGCUAUGCUGAGGAGGCAUUCGCAGCCAUUGAAAGUGGCCACAAGCUGCGGCAGGCAGAUGAGCAGCCCUUUGAUCUCUGCUUUGGGGGCCGCAGGCAGUUCUGCAAGAGGAGCUAUUCUGAUCUUGACUCCAACCGGGAAGACUUUGACCCUGCUCCUGUAAAGAGCAAAUUUGAUUCUCUUGACUUUGACACAUUGUUGAAACAGGCCCAGAAGAACCUGAGGAGGUAACCCUGGGCGCUUUCCCCCUCCCUUUUCUUUGGAGGUGUCCAGCCUCCUCAUCCCCCUCCCACACUUAGGGAGAGAGCUGCUAGUGAGAUGACUGUUUUAUAAAGAAAUGGAAAAAAGUGAAAUAAAAAUAUGUCCAAUCAGAUUUUUAAAAGGGGUAUUUGUUUUUUAUA